CCAUAAUUUCCAUUUGGGGUAUUUUGUCAGCAUUGCCCGGCGUCAUAACAAAACCCCAGCCGAGAAACUCGACCGUAUGGCUUUUGUUUUUUCUAGACGAACAGCAACCUUAGCCACACGCAUCACCAGCAGAAAUCUAUAUCUAGCCACCAGAACCUUCUCUAUAUCUCGUAUCAACAUGGCCAACAAAUCUGACAGUGAAUGGAGAACCAUUCUCACCCCGGCUCAAUUCCGAGUUUUGAGAGAGAAAGGCACUGAGGCCGCUGGCACUGGACAAUACAAUAAGCAUAGCGCCUCUGGCGUCUACCACUGCGCUGCCUGUGACGCUCCCCUUUACAAGUCCACCACCAAGUUUGACAGCGGUUGCGGAUGGCCGGCAUUCUUUGAUGCUAUACCUGGUGCUAUCAAGCGGCACGAGGAUACCUCUUACGGUAUGACUAGAAUCGAGAUCACCUGCGCCAACUGCGGCGGCCAUCUCGGGCAUGUCUUCAAAGGUGAAGGAUUCCCUACACCCACUGACGAGAGACAUUGCGUCAAUAGUAUUUCUCUUAAGUUUGAAGAUCAGAAAUAAUUCCAUAAAGAGCGGAUAAUGCAAGGUUUUGGAAGAUGUAAUUGAUUAGCUGUUAUGUAGAAAUAUUGGUAAGAAGAUGUUGUUGAAUAAAUGAUUUUGUGAGAACGCUAUGAAACUGCA